ACAGUAUUCGGUCAGACGCCGUACGGAUCAUUGCAGAUUUAGAGUGGUGUUUUGCAACUAUCAAAUUUAAAAUUCAGCAAAGUCGAGUUCGAAGAUAUUCUUAAAUUUUCAUGUCAAUUUUGUAGUUCGUUUUUACAUAGAGAAUGUUCAAAAAUCUCAUACGUCCACGUUCAUCAAAACGAUCGGCACUUGAUAGUAUUUCUAUUUGCACGAAAUCUUCAUUUAUUUCUAAAUUGUUUCCUUUUUGACCAGGUAUUAUACUAAUUUAAAGAGAGGGAAAGAUAGAGAGAGAGAGAGAGAAAAAUAAAAAAAUAAAUGUAAAUUAUAAUUGAAAUUAUCGUGUAACAUUAGUUGGUGAAUCAAUAAGUAAUAUAGAAGUGAUAAACGGUGUGCGUGUGACGUACGAUAUUACCGAUCGGGUCAAGGAGAGUGAUUUUAGUUGGAAAUUUAACUGACAGGCGGCGAGCGCAUGUGCCUCCUUUGUGUUAGUGAUUGUUUGUGUGUUUGUCGGGCUGUGUGAAGCAACGAGGAGGCCUUUGUAACGUGACGUUUUCAAGUAAUGCUGGUUGUUUGGCAAGGAGCCCGCCGUUGCCUGAGUUGCAGCGGGCAGCUCACCAAUCAAGGCUGCCAACUAGGCCAGCAUCGUCAUCAUUGUGGGCCAAUCGCGGACAAGCUCGAUCGGUAUCAACUCGUCGAUACCCGAUUGACGACCUACCGCCAUGCGGCACGAAUUACUGAGGAAGAUGCGGCCUUGCUGCUGGAGUUGAGACCGCCUCGCAGAUUAAGAAAAUUUGAGGGUCCACGUCCGAAAGCGAUAACCAGAAACAACAUUUACUGCCACGGCGAGCUGCUGCACAAAAUACAAAUGGCGUCGAUCUAUCCAGACUCGAAGACGUUCGUCGAUAUGAAGAUGAAGAAUUCACCGGAAAAAACGCUGGCGUUGUUUCGUGAAUUUAUGAAUCGUACGGACGAAAUGCCGACCAAAAGUGAAAUAGAACAGUUCGUUAACGAUACAUUCGAUCCUCCCGCAUCGGAGUUCGAGGAAUGGAAUCCAACCGAUUGGAUACCGAAUCCAAAGUUCCUUCAAAAUAUAAACGAUCCUGAAUAUAGGAAAUUUGCUUCGGAUUUGAACGAAAUUUGGAAGAUGUUAGGUAGAAAAAUGAAGGAUGACGUUAAAUUAAACGAGGAACAAUAUUCGAUCAUUUACGUGCCCAAUCCGGUGAUCGUACCAGGCGGCAGGUUCCGCGAAUUUUAUUAUUGGGACUCUUAUUGGAUCAUCAAAGGUCUUUUGUUAUCGGAAAUGUAUCAAACUGCUAGGGGUAUGCUUAGCAAUUUUGCAACUAUCGUUGAUAAAAUAGGUUUUAUUCCUAACGGUGGUAGAGUAUAUUACAAGAUGAGAUCGCAUCCGCCACUUCUGAUACCAAUGGUCGAAGAAUAUCUUCAAGUGACCAACGAUAAUCGUUGGUUAAAAGACAAUUUCUGGUUAUUAGAAAAGGAAUUUCAGUUCUGGAUUACCAAUCGUACGGUCGAAGUCGAAAAAGAUGGGAUUAGGUAUACACUUGCUAGAUACCACGAAGAAUCAUCUGGACCAAGACCGGAAUCCUACAGGGAGGACGUUCAAACCAGUCAAAGUUUUCGUACUGCCGAAGAAAAGGACAAUUAUUACGCGGAAUUGAAGACAGCCGCUGAAUCAGGUUGGGAUUUUUCCAGUCGUUGGUUUAUACUUGAUGGAACCAAUAAAGGUAACUUGAGCAACCUGAAGACGAGAUAUAUAAUCCCAGUUGAUUUAAAUGCGAUUUUAUAUCGUAACGCAGUACUUUUAAGUAAAUAUAGUCAAAGGAUGGGUAAUGCUACCAAAGAAGCAUAUUAUUCUACAAUUGCUGAUGAAUGGAAAAAAGCUGUUACCGCUGUUUUAUGGCACGACGAGGUUGGUGCUUGGUUGGAUUAUGAUAUUAUGAAUGAAAUCAAAAGGGAUUACUUUUAUCCUACAAACAUCUUGCCACUUUGGACGUAUUGUUACGAUUUUACAAAAAGAGAAGAAUACGUUUCUAAAGUAUUGAAGUAUCUUGAAAAGAAUCAGAUAAUGUUGAAUAAAGGUGGAAUACCAACGACUUUGGAACACUCUGGUGAACAAUGGGAUUAUCCUAACGCUUGGCCACCUCUUCAAUAUUUCAUUAUAAUGUCAUUGAACAAUACUCAAGAUCCAUGGGCCCAAAGGUUAGCCUACGAGAUAAGCGAAAGAUGGGUCCGAAGUAAUUACAAAGCUUUCAGCGCAACUACCCACAUGUUUGAAAAGUACGAUGCAACCGUUUCUGGUGGUUAUGGUGGUGGCGGAGAAUACGAGGUCCAACUUGGUUUUGGCUGGUCCAAUGGUCUCGCCAUGAUACUACUCGACAAAUAUGGUCAAACAUUGGUAGCCGAUGACAAAUUUACUCCCGAUAAUGUUCUUUACAAUGCUGCCCAACAGCAAGUUGUUGUAUCAACUGCUGGUCAAGUGAUGACAGGUAUCCUUGCCCUCAUCAUAUCACUCGCGGCAGGAUUUAUAGGAAUGGUGAUGUACAAACGUAGACAGUACACUGUGCCAGGGCCGUCAACUAUGGGUGCCAGAAGAAAAUAUGGGCCUACCGAAAGCAACGUUUAUCGUAAAAGAAUCGCAUAUACGGAAUUGAAAGAUAUGAAUAAUGAUUGACGAACCUGAUCGUUUAAAGUUCGAUUGGCUUUCACAUUUAUAGACAAAAGUAUGUUACUCAUGAUACAACAUUUUAACGAGAUUGAAAAUGAAAAUGAAAAAAAAAAGGGACGCUCUUUAUAAUUGCGAACGAAGAUUAUAUUAUAUACAGUGAAAGAGAAGGAGAGAAAUAGAAACAAAAUGUGUAGAAAAUAGUGGUGGUCUCUCAGGGAUGCGACUUAAACAAAACUUUCGAAUGUGUUGAACGAAGAAAGAAAGAUUUGAAAGUUGUGCAGCGUGGAAGGGGGGGGCGGUCAGGAAUACAUUUUAAUAAACGAAAACAAGAAAAAAGGCAGAAAAAAAAAUAAUUAUGGAUCAGAUUAUACAGGACGAAGAAAAAGAAACAUAUAAUAUAAAAGUUCAGAUGUGAUGGAUCUUCGAUACCGUCCAACGUGUUUUCCCAUUGACUAAUAAUAAUUGAAAAUUCAAUUUUUAUAAAAUGGCCGCUGGCGGUCUUUGAAGACACGUAUAAAAAGGUCUCGGAGUCUUUCAUUCGUCAAUCAUCAUCAUCAUCAUCAUUAUUAUAAUCAUCUAUCGUCAAGGUCUUUCGGUUCUUAUCCUAUUAUUUAUCAUCCGCCAUUUUUACGGGACAUUUCAAGAUGGUGGAUAAUCAAGAUGGAGAACAAAAUGGAGAAUGUGUCGAAUGAAAAUAUAUAGUGGAUGAAUGGGGAGGAGGAGUUUGAAAGGGAAAAAAUAAAUAUUGAAGAACUAAAAUGGAAGAAGAUUGGUAUGCCUACUUACGUUAAUUUGAAUACGACUGUAUGUUGUGUGUGUCUGCGUGUGUGUGUAUAUGUAUGUAUAAGAAAGGAGAGAGAAGUGUGCGAAAUGAAAUUCGCGUACUACCUUGUUCCUAAAUAGAAAAGCUUUUCGUUCGAGAUGUCGUCAUUUCCGCAUCUUUCGCAAGACGGAAGAUUCGCGCGAACAAUAAUACCAAAAGACGAUUGUUGAAAGUAAGUGUGUGGGUGGAUGCAUGCGUACGUAUAAAACCAACACGUAUAUAUUAUAUUUUCCGUUUUCUAGAUAAAAAGAAAGAUAAAACGCUAAACCAAAGUCGACACAAUUUCGUCGAGGUUUAAAUUAAUGUAAAAAGGAAAAUUUUGUUCUUUUUUUUUCUUUUAAUUGGAUAAUUUUUCAAGGGGCCGAGUUAUAUAUUUUCCUUAACUUUCUCUUAAACACUCAGAAACUGCAUGCACUUGCACACGCGUGCAACAAACGACAUUCUACGAAUUUAUAUUAUUUAUUAUUAUUUACGCAAACGCGCUCUAUCGUAUUUUGCUUAUUUACUUGAAUUAAAUUUUAGUAUCCUUUUGAUUCUUUUACAAACUAUGAUGAAUUACCAGGAUCGGAUUGUAAAUAGGGGAUGGUUAAAAAGAAGAUACGAAUGAAAAUGAAAUAUCUCUAAUUCUUAGAAGUAUGAUGCAUGAAUGUAUAUGUGUAGGCGCGCAUGUACACGUGUGUAUUACAUAAAAUGAAUAGAAUAUUUAGGUGAA